AUUACAUUACACUCCCAUACUUAUGAGAUAUAUAUUCUUUCUCUUAAAUUCAUGCUAAAUGUAUUGGACAAAUUUCUAUUCUAUAUUACUUUGAGAGUCAAUACCUUAUUAUUUCUCAAUACCUUCAAAGGAUUCCAUAAAAUUUAUUACAAAUCAUUGGUUAACUCAUUAAAGUGAAUGGUAAUAUAACAAAAUGUUCCAAGGUCUUUGUUUAUUCUUUCAAAAACAAUUACAAAUUAUUUGGCAAUCUUCUAUCAAUUCUAUCAAAAUAUCAAUAGAAGAUGAAAAUGAGAAAUACCAACAUAAUCUAGAAAAUUCUGAUGAAUCAGCUUCUAGUACAACAGCAUUUAAGAUGCCAAUAACACGUGAAGAAGUAAAUAAGCUUAUUAUAUCAGAUAAAGUAGUUAUUUUCUCAAAAAGCAAUUGCCCAUAUUGCAGAAUGGCUAAAGAGGUAUUUGAUGCUAUUAAGCAAAAUUAUACUGCAAUUGAAUUGGAUAAAAGAAAUGACACUGAUGAUUUUCAAAAUAUACUUGAAGACAUUACUGGAGCAAGAAGCGUUCCUCGAGUAUUUGUAAAUGGACAAUUUCUUGGCGGAGGUACUGAUAUAAAAAAAUUAUACCAAAGUGGCGAACUGGUGAAAAAACUUUAAGAAAUAUACAUAUUAAUGCAAUUCUAUAAAAAAAUCAUUAAACAAAAA